AUGUCAAAGAAAGUGCCUAAUCAUAUUACAUUACAACCAAAUCCAAGAACUAUGUUACAAACUUCUUUUUCUUCAAUCACAACAUUACAGAAAACACAAAAAGGUGUUUUAUCUUUAAUCGAAUUUGUUAAUCCAGUUUUCUUAAACUUAGAAUCUGAGUCAUCGAAUAUCAUACCAAUUAUAGUGUUAUCGAAUGCAUCUAAUAUUGAACGACGUGAUGCAAUACGACGAACAUGGGGAUUUGAUCAAUCAUAUGGAAACACUACAAUGCAAAUCAAAGUAUUUUUUCUUGUGGGUAUCGAUGAUUUUAUGAUGAAACGUAUACAUGCAGAACAAUUAAUUUUCGAUGAUGUUAUUCAAGUUUCUAUUCCUGAUAUGUAUUCAUUUAUUGCUUACAGAGAAUUUUCUAUAAUGCUAUGGGUAAAAUUAUAUUUACCAAAUGCACCAUUCUAUAUUAAAACUGAAGAUAAUGUUAUUAUUAAUAUGAAACUUAUUAUCAAUACAUUCUUACCAACUAUUGAACAUACUAGAAAUGAAAAUGUAGUCAUUGGUUGGUUUGGUUCAGAACAUUCUGUUCCGAGAGGUCUCUAUCAAAAAUUUAUCGAUGCUGUUUUACCACCAUCAACUGUUGAUUUACAUUAUGCUAUGAGUUUAUUAUAUGUUGUAACAUCAAGAGCUUCUGAUCGUAUGCUUGAUGCAAUAAGUCAUGUCAAUCUUAUUGAACAUCCAGGUGAUCCAUUUGUAACAGGUAUUCUUCGAGAUGCUGCUCAUGUUCAAAUGAAAAAUUUAGCAACAUCUCCUGAAAAUUAUAGAUAUGAAUUGACUAAUGCAGCAUGUGGAAAAGCACUUGAAAAAAAUUCAAAAUUAUUAAUGUGUACACCAUUACUAUCUGUUCAUUCAAUACAAGAAUAUUUUAACGCAUGGAAUAUACUUCUUAGUCAAAAUUAA